AUGACAGAGGCGGAGCCGGUGUAUGAGGGCCCUUUAGGCAGCACCGGCCGCCCCGGCAGCCGCAAGCCGCUGGUAUCGCAGGCGCAGCUUAUAUGCGUCUGUCUGGUCAUCGGCAUUGGCGCGCUGAUCACGGGGGCGCCUGCUCUUGUGCUCGGGCCUGGCAGCUUCCGCUGCGAUCGCUCCAUGGUGCUCCCGACGAUGCCAGCGCCGCCACCUGUCCCGCCCCCACCGAAGCGGCUGAAGCUGCCUUGGGAGCCGGUGCUGACCAAGGAGGAGCUGCGGCGUGGGGAGACUUACUAUGGCAGCGGCGGCAGGCUCAACCGCCUGGCCAACAAGCUGCUGGCGGGCAAGCCCAUCAAGGUCUACACGCUGGGUGGCAGCGUGACGGGCGGCGGCGGGGCCAGCAGGAAGGGCGGCAGCUAUGUGGACCUCUUCUUCAGCUUCAUACAGCAGGCCUUCCCGCACAGGCAAGCCUGCCCAGCAGGGCGAUGCGGAGUACUAUGUCCCGGGGACCAUGUGUUUGUGAACAAAGCCAUCGCGGCCUCCACAGCCUUCCUGUAUGCCACCUGCUUGAAACACCACGUCCCCGAGGUGGGCUGCCGCACGCGCCAGCAACACAUGUGCUUGCGCAUGGCGGGCGGAGCCUCCUCCUGCCGGCUUGCCCCCCCCCGGCAUGGCCCAGACCCGGUGCCGCCUUUCCUGCUGAGUGUCAUGCUUGGGCGCUACCACAUGUUGCAGGAUGUGGAUUUAGUGACGCUGGAGUUUUCGGUCAACGAGAGGAGCGAGGCGCAGUUCACUUCGCCAGAGCGCCGCAACUUUGAGCAGCUGCUGCGCAGGCUGCUGCAGUACCCCAGCCGGCCAGCCAUCAUCAUGCUGCACCACUAUGCGUGGUGGGAGUCGCCCGGCGACGGCCUGGACCGCGGCGUGUUCUACCACCAGCCAGAGGGCCAGCUGACGGAGCUGGCACAUUAUUACGACAUACCCACGCUCUCCAUCCGGGCGGCCGCAUACCACCUGAUGGCAGCAAACAUAGACCGCUUCAGGGUUGACAAGGUGCCCAUGGCAGGCAGGCUGCACCGCUACUUGGCCGACAACGGGACCGUCAUCAUGGGAACAAUCCCCGUGUCGCACCCCGCAGAGGGCUUGGAUCCUUUCUUCCUUGUCGACGGGAUGCACCCCGGCAACCUGGGCCACCAGGCUCUGGCCGAGCUGCUGGCGCAGCCGCUGGUGCGUGCGGUGUGGGAGGCGGAGGCGGGCGAGGCGGUGUACACGGCUGACCGCAGGGAGGAGUUCAGGCCGGUGGUGAAGAACAGCAGCGGGUUUGAGUACCUGCCGGAGCGGCCCAAGGCGGAAGACUUCAUGCACCAGAAGUGGGGCUGGCGCGGGACGGAGCCAGGCGCCUGGGCUGAGCUGGAGCUGGACACACGGCCGGAGGAGGAGGGCGCGGGCGGCGACACCGUGGUGUGGCUGGCCCACCUGCGCAGCUACAGGGGCAUGGGGACGGCGCUGAUAGAGUGCGUGUCGGGGUGCACCUGCGCCCCCGCCAAGCUGGAUGGCACGUGGCAGCGGCGCGCCUCGCUCUUCUGGAUGACCAGGUUCAUUGUGACGCAGCACCGGCGGUGCCGCGUGCGGGUGACUGUGCUGGACGAGGCGGGCGAGUUCCCGCAGGAGGGGCACAAGGUGACGCUGGUGGCGGUGAUGGUGGCGCACCUGGACCUGGCACAGUCGGGCACCCUGGCCAACGUGCAGGAGCUGCAGAACAUGAGGAGGAAGAGGCGACGGCGGCGCAAGAAGAAGAAAUGA